AUGUUAGGGGUGGGAAGGGUGGUUGGUAUUCAAUGGAGCUUCCGCGCACUCCUUAUGGAAAAACGCAACACUACAGUCAAUUACAUUGCAAAAGUAGCCGCCAUAGAUGGUUUCUUCUACACGGCAGUCACCGCAUUUAGGGAGAAGCGGAUGCUUGGGUGUCAAAACGGGCUAACCCGCCCCAUAUGGUCCGCACCGCAGCCAUCACUUUUCUUCUCUGGACUGCUGCGCGUUGAUGGGAGCGGGUUGCGAACUGAAAUUGAGCAUAGAAGAAAGAACGAGAAGAGGAAGAACAAAAUGAUAACUUCAGUUUCAUGGAUACCAAAAGGGGCAUCAAAGGCCCUGCCCGAUGCUGCUGAACCUCCUUCUAGGGAGGAAAUCAAAGAGUUCAUCCAGAAUAAAAGGGCAUACAAUAUGAGUGACAUGGAUGAAGAAGAUGAGAAUGGUGAAGUUUCUCAUGCUAAGGCUGUAGCAAAAUCUUUUGGAAAACCAUGUUCCAAAGGCAAGGGUGCUUCAUCUUCUUCGACUGAUGCUGAUGACGUAGUCAACUUGUUGAAAGAACUCGACAUGGAUAACUAUGAUGAAGAGGAUGAUGAAAUUGAACUGUUUAGCUCUGGUCUGGGAGACCUUUAUUAUCCAAGCAAUGAGAUGGAUCCAUACCUAAAAGAUACUGAUGCUAACUAUGACUCGGAGGACCUCGAUGAUAUGACAAUUGGGGCAAGCGAUUCACUCAUCCUCUGCACUAGUAUUAAGGAUAAAGUCAACUAUAUUGAGGUUUAUGUAUACGAGGAGUCCGGGAAUGGCACUCAUAACAUGUAUCUUCGUCAUGAUAUGAUUAUACCCGAGGCUCCAUUGUGUACAGCAUGGCUUGAUUGUCCUCUCAAAGGAGGGGACAAAGGGAACUUUGUAGCUAUCGUGUCAAUGGAAUCGCCGACGAUAGAGAUAUGGGAUCUUGACGUUGUGGAUGAGGUGCUACCCUGUGUACAGCUGGGACGUAUAGCCGGGCAGACAUCAGAUUGCCACACUGAUUCAGUGAUUAGUCUUGCUUGGAACAAGGAGUUUCGGAAUGUAAUUGCUAGUGCCAGUGCAGACAAAACAGUUCAGGUUUGGGAUGUGGCUACGGGGAAAUGCAAAGUCACUAUGGCGCAUCACGAAAAGGAGGUUCAAGCGGUCGCAUGGAACCAUUAUGCUCCAGAAGUACUCCUCAGUGGGUCGCGUGAUCGCACUGUAGUAUUGAAAGACGGAAGGGACCCUUCACACUCGGGUUUGAAAUGGUGUACCAAGGCCAAAGUCGAGAACUUGGCCUGGGAUCCUCACAGCGAACACUCCUUUGUGGUGAGUCUCAAAGAUGGAACCGUGAAUGGAUUUGAUAUACGUGCUUCUGAUUUAUCACCAAGUUUCACUCUCCAUGCUCAUGAUGGUGAACUUUUGGCUACGGGAUCAGGGGAUGAAAGUGUGAAACUUUGGGAUCUUUCAAACAAUCAACCAUCGUGGAUUGCUACACACAGGCCAAACGCUGGAAUAGUUUUCUCGGUCUCAUUCUGUGCGGACUGCCCCUUCGUACUCGCUAUUGGUGGCUCAGAAGGGAAGCUUAACGUGUGGGAUACACUAUCGGACACUGCUGUGUCCUGA